UUUUGUUAGUGAAAUCAGAAAUUUCUGAAUCCCAAUUUGGGGUUUUCGACGAAACGGGUGUUUCGCGGCAAUCUCAUCUCCAUCCAUUUUGCUCAUCAAAUGAUCUUCAAUCGCUAUAUCUUGAAGAUAUGUUCGAGAAAACGAGAAUGGAAGUGGAGAAAGGGAAGAAAAGGAAGAUUCGGGUUGUCUUUAAUUCCAAUUUCCGCAAAAGGAUUGGCGAUUUUUCUACCAAUGAUAUGACUAUUAGAGUUUUGGAUCAUCGCCGUUUAUGGCUUCUCGAUGGCGGUCAAGUUGGCUAGGAGGGGAGGGCGCUGGUUAAUCGGCGAUCGGUUGAUUGAGUCUUGUAGGUGAUUGGGAAGAAUUGAACCAGGGAUUAUGCCUCAGAUAUUAUGCAGCUGAAAAGGAAAAACCUAGAUGAGGAACUACUCUUCUUGGGAGAGGUGUCCACGCCCUUGUAAGGAAUGCUUUGUUCCCCUCUCCAACCAAUGUGGGAUCUCACACUAUGCAUACAAAUUCAUACAAAUUCUUGGAAACCACUCAAUAUCUGGAGAGUUCUGGUGAUGCAAAGGAUUGUGCUGGUGGUGGUGACCUAGAGAGCCUCUGUAGCCCUGAGGAGUUCUCCUCGAGCGUCGAUCAACUCAAUCAAAACUUUAACAAAUCUCUCGUUCUUAAAAGUUCGUCCUCUCGUUCAUCCCCAAUUGAAGUAAAAGAUAGUUCUAAGCUGAGUAUGAAGCAAUCAGAAGUUACUGAUAAGAAGGAAACCAAAAGAAGGUAUGCUGCGGGAAUGGGAACGACUGGUAAUGAAAAUUAUGCCUGUUUGGAUCUCAAACUGUCGCCUCCAGGGGUCUACUUAAGGGGUAAAUCAUCGAAUGAAUCGAAAUCGUCAUCCCCAAAAUCUCAAGACUCAUGCGUAUCUGCAGAGGUCGAGUCAAAUGUAAACUUGGAGAAUAACCUUGAAGUUGAAGGUUCGCCCUUAAUUGUGAUGGGAUGUACUUUUUGCCUGCUUUAUGUGAUGGUGACAGAUGAUGAUCCCAGAUGCCCUAUAUGCAAAAAUUCUGGCUUGCUCGACAUUUUCCGUGGAAAUCAGCCGAAGAGAUCGAGAAAAAACUAGUUCCCUUUCAAGGAGUGUGUAGAGUAUGCUCUUGAACUGAUGCACCCUCUGCCUUUCUUUUCUUAGUGUCUGUCUUCCUUGUUGCUGCUGCUGCUGCUGGUGCAUGCACUUGGGGAGUAAGCAUAGCAUCUUCAAUAAAGAACAUGGUUUAUGUUUCCUUUUGGUCUUUAGUUUGGCUGUCUUUGCCCUUGUUUUGAGAAGGCCAUUUCAUAAGGAUAAGGUCUUCAAACAGGUCUUUAUAUAACAUAUUAAGUUACUGUGACUCUGUUCUACAAA